AGGUUGUUAAGCCUCAGACAAAUCCUAUCUUUUUUUUAUUCUGUUGUCUAGUUUGGGAGAGGAUAUCUUAAGGGGAAAAGAAGAUUGUUAAACAUUGGAGAAAAAUAUAGUGAGAGAAGCAGGAAAGUUUACAACAUAUACUCCUGGCAUACUUCUUCAAGAAAAUUUCUAGAUCUUAAAGGAGGAAUCAGCCUACCAAGGGAGUCAUUACUUUUACUUAUUUUCAAAAUUUUCUAAAUAGUUGUUCUUUCCUGGAAAAUCAUGACAGAAGUUUCAAAGGCAUCCAGUCUGACUGGGUACAAUGGGGACAUGUCACCUGAAAAAGAGAUCACUGAAAUUAGUGAUGAGGUUUUUGCCCCUGAUGACCUCAGUAAAUGCCAUGAUGAAGAUGUAAGUCUUGAAGGGUCUUUCUCCAAAGGAAACUUAGAAGAAAGCAAAUAUUCUCAAGUAAGCAUGAUCCGCAGAGAUUUGGCUUGGUCUUUGGAAGAGCAGAAGCAACGAGAAGAAAAAAUAGAGGAGGACAACUUUACUGUUCACAAGAGAAUAGCAAGUUUCUCCCUCAAGGAAACAGGAGCUGAUGAAAUGACAUCAGAGGAAGGACUUCAGUGGGAGAAGAAUUCUCCACAUGGAAAAGUCCAGGAAACAAGACAGAAGGAAGUUGACCCCGAGAAGCUUCUAGAAAGAAGAGAUGGUGGAGUUAGGAAAGAUGAAGAAUUCCAGGUAGCAGAAGCGAGCUUGAAGUGGCUGGGAUCUCGGCAACCCAACAAAGAUGGAAUGAUGAUAUCCAAACAGGAUGAGGAAAUAGAAGAUGGCGAGCAGGAAAUAGAUAAUGAUAAUGACAAUGGUGAUGAAGAAGAAGAAGAAGAAGAUGAAGUACGAUUGAUAGAAUUCAAGAAAGGAAAUGGAGGAGCUUCUCAUUUCAAGGAGGAAGGCGAUAUUAGUGAGGAUUCCCCUUUGAGCAGCCCUAGUUCACAUCCUAUGACACCAGAGGAGCUGCUGGCCUUGGGAAAGAAGAAUGAUAUUUCCAGACAUACUUAUUCAAGAUACAAUACAAUAUCAUAUCGGAAAAUCAAAAAGGGGAACACAAAGCAGAGAAUUGAUGAAUUUGAGUCCAUGUUGCAUUUAUAAUUUACUUUCUCAAGACAUUUCAUUGCCCAUCUUACUUUAGUCAUCUUUUUCCUCCCCUCAUGUAUAAUUUCACAUCUGCAGGAAGUUUAACCUCUUGUUUUUCAUUUGAAAAUUGGGUACAAAUAGUCAGUCAUAGGAAGAAAACUCCAAUUUGGUCAUCUUAAAUCAAGCAGCAUUAGGUUUUUCACUUAUAUAACAGGAUUUAUACAGUUUAAAAUUUUACUAAUUCAUCAUCCUGUACAUCAAGAACCACAAGAAAUAAUCUGGCUGCCUAAUUGGGAAGGAUAGAAAGUAAAAUAACCAAAGGAACAAGAUGGCUCUGCAAAGACUACAUCUGUGCCUUGAAGAUUUUACAGUUGUGAAUCUAAAGAACUUGGAAAACCCAAUAUUAAAUUUUAGAAAUUUAAAAUUGUGGGAUAGUACAAAUGAAGCACAUUGUUUCAUAGAAUCAUUUAAAAAAUAUUGAAGGUCUCUUCUUCCUUCUCUCAUGUUGUCUUCCCGUGAUGUAAAACUGUUAUCUUGGACUUCUGAACAGUGAAAAUUCUAUAUGCCCAGUCCCUUCGUGUUACCAUUCAUUGUGUCCCCUCGCUGGUGGGGCUGAGCAGCUGUCAGCCGGGAGAGUUCCGUUUGGUAAAUGUUGGUAUUAUGUUCACCAUUGAAUCCAUCUCAUUGUAAGGCUGAUGUAUUGGGACAGGAGAGCAGAGAAGUGGGCAUCAGACCAAAGAGUUACAUUGAAUGUUUUCACUUUGUGGGAGUGGUUUUGUUUUGUUUUGUUUAUCUAUAAAAUCUUUGCUAGUAGUUACAUUCCCUUUAAACAAAGAUGAAAAUAUUAGCAUAAUUAAAAAAGAAAAAGCUUGUCUUUAGUACUGUGCAUCCACUCUUUAACAUGGAAAUUUUGAAUUGGGAAACUUUGGAAAUUUUCUAUGUAACUCAACCCAAUUUUAUUAUUUAUCAUGAGAAUGGAAAUCUUCAUAUUUUCAAAAUAGUAUCUGAGUAAAUAUUUUCAGUGAUAUUUUUUGCUGAUAUCUGAAGUUAAUAAGCAAAUGGGAUGUUUAACUUAAUCUUGAGUUGUUCUUUUUAUCCUCCUCAGAAUUUGGGGGUCCAAAAUGUGGAACUGAUCAGUAAUUCUGAUGUGUGUGUAUAUGGUGUGUGUGUGAGAGAAAGG